GAAAUUGCAUCGAUACACGAGGGGAAGGGGAGCAAGUUUCACUCAGCUACUGAGAUCUGUUUCUCAAAUUUAAAGCAUGGCAAAGCAGAAAACAAAGAAGUUUGCUGCAAUGAAGAGAAUGAUUAAUCUGAAAGAUCAUAGAAUAAAAGAGAAAGACCGAGCUAAAGCAAAAGAGAAAAAGAAGAAAGACCCCUCGGAGCUUAAGGAGAGAGAAGUGACAAAGUACCCAUCAUGCCUGUUCUUCCAGUACAACACUCAGCUCGGUCCACCAUACCACAUUCUUGUCGACACCAAUUUCAUCAACUUCUCUAUCAAGGCCAAACUGGACAUUGUUCAAUCUAUGAUGGAUUGUCUGUAUGCCAAAUGUAUCCCAUAUAUCACAGACUGUGUGAUGGCUGAGAUUGAGAAGCUUGGAAUGAAGUACAGAGUUGCGCUCAGGAUAGCCAAAGAUCCAAGGUUUGAGCGCCUGCCGUGCACACACAAGGGAACAUAUGCCGAUGACUGUUUAGUCCAACGGGUAACACAGCACAAGUGUUACAUCCUGGCAACUGUGGACAGAGAUCUUAAGAGAAGAGUCAGGAAGAUCCCUGGCGUACCCAUCAUGUACAUCUCAAACCACAGGUAUAAUAUUGAACGGAUGCCUGAUGACUAUGGUGCUCCAAGAUUUUAAUAUUUUUACAGCUGAGCUGCACCUGUAAAUGGACUGAAGUUUCCUGUUUAAUAUUAUUUUCCUUUUAUGCAUAUUGAAAAUGUUAUGUUUUGAAGUUUGAUUUGGUGAGGAUGGGAUGGGGUGUGUUUGAUGGAACUGAAAACUACUUAAAGUGUUGUUUUUCUUAUAAAAUAUUUUGUUUCAAGAAUAAAUGAACUGUUGCAGUGCA